AUGUCCGACUCAACAGCCCAGCCAACCCUCAUCGGAGGCCACGCUGAAUAUGUAAAGGGAGCCGUAGAGGGUGCCGUUGGAGCGGUCACUGGCUCCGAAGCCUGGAAGGAUUCAGCAGAGAAAGACAAGAAGCAAGGAAUCGAUGACAUGAAGGCCGCGAGUCAAAACCGCGAACCAGCAACAAGUGGAUUUGGCAAGGCUGAGGAAGUCGUGGGAAGCGCAGUUGGAUGUGAGGGGAWGGAGAAGGAAGGUGCGGCGAGCAAGACGACGCAAUAG